AUGGCCUCGCAUGACCCCAAUUAUAACCAUGGCUCAGUUCAUUCGCCAGGGGAUAUCAAACCUCGCAGUGUGAGCCCGUCAUCACAUGGACAGCAACAGCAAUAUCACGACCCAAGCGCUGGAUUGGGUGCUGACCCCUCCAUGGGCGCUUACCCGACGACCCUUUCGUUUCACAAUUCUGACGGGGGCAUUGGUGUUGAAUCAUAUGGCUACCCAAGCUACCCCACUGGAGCGCCAACACAGACCUUAUCUCCACCGGCAGAUCAGAGCUAUCCCCCCGCGAUCAAUACCAACAAUUUACCGAUAUCGCAAUCUUUCGAGACAAGCCUGGUCAAUCAACUUGAGCACUCUUCCACCGGACUCAGGCCAAUGCAGGCCGACGAAAACUUCUCCAAUAUGCUCAACUCCAACCAACCGGAAUUGGACUUUUCUCUCUACCAAAAUCACAGUCCCAACAGCGCUUCUGCAACCGAGUUCGAUUCAUCACAGUUGUUGGAUCCACAAAUGCACCAGUGCCAAUCAAUGAACCAAGCCAUUAACCCAGCCGAUCUGGUCAGUCCGAUCUCGAACCCCUCUGCCUCUUCGCACCCGUCACCCCAAGACCAGCAGCUUUCCUCGCCCGGGCCCAUGUCCCCUCCGGGGUCCACACCGGGCACGUACUACACUCCUCGGCAUUCGCGACACACCUCGCUAGACCCGUCAGCUGCGGCCUACUAUAAUCACCCGAAUCCAGAUUGGCAGUCCGUUAUGACCAAUGUUUCCUUUCAGGGGCACCGACGUGCGCCAUCGGAGGUAUCAGAGGUUUCGUCCGCCAACCACUCCCCUUACCUGUCUCAGCAUGAAUUUGAUGGCAUUGAGAACAACGCAUCGCCUUCUUUGGCUCCUCAGAGUGAUCCGUCUUUGUAUGACAAUGGUCUCGGCAUGGAAUCAUUCACUUUGUCAGAGCAGCAACAUCAGGGCAUCAGCCCGCUCCACAGCCCGUAUAUCUCUCCGCGCUUAAUGCCACAACAGGGGGGCGAGAUGGUUCCGAAUAAUCCUUACCUCUCUCAAUUCCCCGCGGCACCGACAGACAUGUAUGGUAUGCCUCAAGAGGACAUGAUGAAUAUGGGCCAGCUGAACAAUGUACCUGGCGACAUUGGCCAGGCCUCUCAAAUGGCUCCUCCGUCAAUCAAUGUUGAGUUCGCUCCGCCGCUGCGGAACCCAACCUUCGAUCCAGCCAAAGCAACAGCAGAUUUCGAUUCGCUGAGUCCUCCCGCCAUGCGAUCCCGUGUGCGAAGUAAAUCCGACCCAUACCACCCUGCUUCUCGCCCACGUUCUCCCGCAACAUCAGCAACAAGCCUAGAGCCACACGCACCCACCACCCCACGAUCCCUCUCCCCAGUAGGAUCAAUCGGCUCCCACUCCCGCAGCAGCCCCAGCUCCCGCGACCCCUCACCCUCCCGCUCCGGCCGCCGGCUCUCAACUUCUUCAAUCGAGAACCGCAACUACAUCCUCGACCUAGCCGAUCCGCAACGCCCCGGCGCAGCCCCAGGGGAACCAAAACGCAUCCAAAAACACCCCGCCACCUUCCAGUGCUCCCUCUGCCCAAAACGCUUCACCCGCGCCUACAACCUACGCUCCCACCUCCGCACGCACACAGACGAACGACCUUUCGUAUGCACAGUGUGCGGCAAAGCCUUCGCCCGACAACAUGACCGCAAGCGCCACGAAGGCCUGCACUCAGGUGAAAAGAAAUUCGUUUGCCGCGGCGAUCUCUCCGGCGACGCGCAAUGGGGCUGUGGUCGGCGCUUCGCGCGCGCUGACGCCCUAGGCCGCCAUUUCCGCUCCGAGGCAGGCCGCGUCUGCAUCAAGCCUCUGCUCGACGAGGAGUCUGCGGAGCAGGACCGCGUCAUGCUCGAACGCCAGCAACAGGGCCAUCUCCAGCCCGUCCCGCAGCAGCUCGUUAUGCCCAACAUGCCCGGCAUGGAUGGCCAGUCGUCUGGUAACUUUGUGCUUCCGGCUGCGCUGCUUGCGCAGUACCCUGCUCUGCAGACUUUGCAGUGGGAUCAGAUUCCUGCUGUCGAUGACGCGGGGGAUAUUGGCGGGCGGAGUAGCUUUGAUGCUAGCUCUGGGGGCGAGUUUGAAUUUAAUGAGGAUGAGUAUGGGAAUACGGGGAUGUAUGUUGAUGGCUAUGAUCCGAAGUGGAGUGGAUGA